GUCGCUUACCAUCAGCUACGUCUCACUAUUCCGGCUUGUAUCGAAUUCCGAGGCUCGCUAAUGAAUCAGGGCCAUCGAGCUAUGGAGCUGAACCGUCCACCCCCGGUCCAGCUGAGAUCUACACCUCCCGUCUUGGAGACAUGGGCCUAGAGCUGCCGACUAUGAAAGCCAAGCGACGCCCAGCCUCAAUCGGUUUUAUCAUCACUCCAAUCACUCCAAUCACACAAUCACAUUCCAUUCUUUGACAGCUGCGCUGCAUUCUUUCUUGCUCUUUUCAACGGUCUGCGACCUUCAUUUACUACACUCACUCCACCCUCAAUACCUAAUCCACACCAAACCACCAAACAUCCAACAUGAAGUUCUCCAUCGUCGCCCUCGGCCUUGUUGCCCUCGUCUCCGCCGCUCCUCUCAGCAAGCGCGCAGUCUUUUCCACCACCAGCUACAAUGAUCUCUCCAUUAGCGGCGGAACUGCCGGAAACGCCCAGCAGGAGGCCCAGCAGAAGCUGGCCGGCCUGCCUAGCGACCUUACUACCGUCGAGAAGGCCGAUUUGGACUUUCUCAACAGCGUGAACCAGAUCGCCAACGACGCUGAGGAUGAAGCUUUCAACCCCGCCAUUGAUGCGGCUUCGGGCGAGGACGCUGAUGCUCUCCAGCGCGGCAAGAUCAAGAACAAGGUCCUCAAGCUCACUGCCACCAUCCUGAAGCUCCAGGCCCAGCAGGCGCAGGGCGAGGAUGUGGCCGAUGACCUUGCCAAGGAGACGACCAAGCUCAACAACAACAUUGCGCAGGACGUGGCGGAGGCCGGAAACGCUUCAACCUUCCUUGCCUUUGACGCCACCACCAGCUAGAUCAAGCACCCCAGUGUUAUUAGCUAUCUCUAGCGGCAGGCGGUCCUCGGCUGGCACAGGGCCUACAGUUGACCGGCUUUCGUAAAUAUUGCCGGCUCAGCCCUUUGAGUAAAUGCCUAUUCAUUAAAAGUUAAUGUAAAU